AUGACACGACGAUUGGCUUUUUGUUUCUUCCUGCUAUUGCUGGGGGUCGCGAUGCCGGGGAGCGGCAGGGAACUGGCACCGCUGAGGGAAGUCUUUCCUUUGCAUGGAAGGACCGUUGUGGAUCUCAGAGUACGCGCGUCAGAGGUGUCUGUUCCUUUGCGUGGCUACGGCGAGGGGGCGGUGUUCACGUACACGGGACGGUUGUACGUUUACGAUGACGUUGCCUCCGUUCCAGGCCCUGUUAUUCACGUCAAACCCGGGGGGAAACUGGUCAUGCGGAUGUUCAAUGAUUUGGGUGGGCAGACGUAUGCGCACGGUGAGGAUGAGUUUUACAAUUUCCACGAGGUCAAUACCACAAACGUUCAUUUCCACGGCGUGCAUGGGGAUCCCAGAGUGGAUGACGUCUUUAAGACAGCGUCCCCUGGACAUUUUUUGAAAUACGAAUUGGACAUACCGAAGAAACACCUUCCUGGUUUUCAUUGGUAUCACACCCACGCCCACGGCUCUGCAUAUCUUUUGCUCAUGGGAGGAUUGUUUGGGCCUUUUAUUAUAGACUCAACGAAAAAUGACCCGAUCGCUUCAUUGCCUUCAUUUAUUUUGAUGGUGCAUUUGUAUCGCUUAGGCAAAUCAAACCUUUGCGAUGGAAUGACAAUGGAGGAAGUGGAUAUCGCCAUUAGAACAAACAUGUCAUCGAGACCCCGUAUUUUGAGUAAAAGUGGGAAGGUCCUACCAAUGCCUUUAGACUUGUUUCUCGUCAACGGACAACAUAAACCGACUAUGAACAUCAAUCGUGGAGAAAAGACGCUUCUUCGUUUGGCUUUUGCGGCUGGAUCUUGUCAUUUGAACAUCAGCUUUCCGAAGGAGUGUCGUUUCCACGUUGCUGCCAUUGAUGGUGUUCCAUUGAAGUGUACACGUGAGUUGAAGGAUAACUGGUUAUACUUUACAACUGCUACCCGUUACGAUGUGGUGGCGGUAUGUGAAGAUGAUGAAAAGCGGGAGCUACCGGUGAUUUCUGGAAGGUUGGAGGAACCGAUUUUUUAUAUAGCAGUCCGCUCACAUCGAUCAAAGCAACGUCGUCCUCAUGAAAUUACGUUUCCUCUUUGUUUUCCAUUAACUAAUGUAAGCUACUUAACCGCGGACAAUCCAACCAUGUGGCGCGACAUCUCUUUUUCCCAGGAACAAAUUCCAACGCCAAAGCCGUAUUAUGUCAUUGGAUACGGCACAGAUUGCUCUUCGCCUGUUCAUUCUGGAACCUGCUUUCGUGAGCAUUUCUCAGGAGAGAAGGGGGAGUUACGUGAAAACUAUCAUGGAUUUGUUGUACCUCUUGGUGCUACUGUUGAGGCUCGUGUGUUUGGGGACCCCACGGAUAUCGUGCCGCAUCCACUUCACCUACAUGUGAAUCAUUUUGUAUUUGUAAGUUUUACUCCGCGCAAGGGAGGCCUACACGAGAACUUUUCAAUGUCUGAAUUUGGAGUGUUCUCGGGGGAGUUGCGUGAUACAAUUCCUAUACUCGACGGUGAAACUAUUAUUCGUUGGCGUGCGGCAACGUACACGGGGGAGGUGGUGUAUCACUGCCACAUUCUCACCCACGAGGAUCUUGGCAUGAUGACCUCCUACUUAGUCUACUCCAGCGCAGCCGGAAAGACUCGCACAGAGACUGUGGUUGCCGCAGAUAAAAUUGUGGGUGAGGGUGACGCAGGCCGGUUUUUUUUUCUUGUGCUUGCCAUUGUGUUUCUUCUUUGUUGUUUGCUCUGCGGUCUUUACAAGUGGUGGCGCUCUAACCCGCCACAUCCAAGCAAUUGGGCUCGCAGUUGCAGAGAAUUUUUUGCCGCAUUCCCCUACCGUGGCGACGAGGGUACUGAGGCGGAACUUCAGCCCCUGAGGAUGAGUCACUGA